CGGCCCCGCCUCCUCCUCCUCCUCCUGCUUGCAGGAGACGGGGAGGGUAGAAGUCAAGGAGUCAGUUCUCUGCCAUUGUUCUUGUUCUGGAAGUCUGGGAACGGGACGGGACGACGCUGGUCGGGUACCGGACGGCGGGUCUGUCGUUAUGACGGGCUCCGGUCCGAAGCUCGGGGUCCUGCUGCUGCUGGCGGUUCUGCUGCAGACUGUGGUCGUCACCAUCACGGUGCUGCACUUCACCACUGCUCUCAAUUCGAUGAAGGAGACGUUUGCCAGGAGCAGCGUUUCCUGUCUGACGGGAGCUGACCUGCAGAGCAUCACGGCGGUUCGGGGGGAUCCGUGCUGGCAGGUGACUCAGCAGCUUCAUCUGCUCAUCGAGAAGUCUCUGUCUCAGCGCUACCAGAGGCAGAUUUCAUCGGCAGUGAGAGAUGAAGUAUCUCGGGUGCUGCCCUCGCUUGUGAUGGUAGACAGGGCUUCACCUCGCCCCAAAGUGGCAGCCCAUGUCACCGGCAGCUUCGUGCCCAAACUGGAGCGAGAGGGAGGAGCUCCGGUUGCUGCUGGCCGCCGGGUUCACGGACAGAAGAUCUCGUGGUGGGAGGGGCAGAAGGGGCUGGCCUUCCUCCAGGACGUCCAGCUGGUGGACGGAGAGCUGGUGGUGCCACAGCCCGGCCUCUACUACGUCUACGCCCAGACCUACUUCAGACACACCCACUCCCUGGAGGACGAGGGCGAGGACGGCGAGGAGGCGGAGGACAGGGGGAGACCCCUGCUGCAGUACGUCUAUAAAAAGGUGAGCUCCUACGCGGUUCCCAUCCUGCUGAUGAAGACGAGCCGAACCUCCUGCUGGUCCCGGGGAUCCCAGUUCUCCCUGCACUCCGCCCACCAGGGGGGGCUGUUCCCGCUCGGCAGCGGCGACCGCCUGUUUGUCACCGUGACCAACGCCUCCGCUGUGGACAUGGACGAGAAAAGCAGCUUCUUUGGGGCGUUCCUCAUCAGCUAGACUCGAGAUCGCAGGUUGAUCUGGGGGAAACCAACCAGACGCCAUCACGUUGUUUUUAAUGUUUGUGAUGAAUCAGUCUGAGGAAAACAUCAAACCGUUGCAGCCGCGAGAGACUGAAUGAACCCAGAGACUGAAAAACUGCAGCAGCAACUCGUCGGGACAAUCUGUCUCUUUAUUAAGGAUCACAAACUAAAAAGAAUGUGACAACACUGGUUUUGUGAUUGAUUGACUGAUUUGAUCCGUGUGUGUGUCAGAGAGAGCCAAUCAAACUCUGUGACUCUACAGACAUUACAAUUUGUACAAACGUGUCUUUGAGGCAGAAUCAUGAGUAUUUAGCUUUUUAAAAGUAAAUUAAAGUGUUGAGCAACAGAUUUUCUAAACUAACCCUUCCUAAGUCCCGCCCCCUUUUUUGCUCUGUCCUCCAAUAACAGUCUAGAUAUGACUAUAUCUGUCUUUUUUUAACUAUCUUUACAUUUUGGUUGUGUUAGCAUAGCUUUUGAGCUGCAUUCUCCUCACCUGUCACUAGGAUUUUUGUCUUUUUUCUCUAUAAAUCUUUAAAAAAAGUUUUUAAAGACAAGCGCACAAAACCAAAAAGUGUAAUAAAGUGGUAGCUCACGACUAAUCUGGUUAUAAUCUGCCAUUUGAAAGUAUUUUCAAAUGUGUAAAGUUGGCUUGUACCUGGACUCACAAACUCACCUUUAACAGCCACAAGGGGGCGGUGUUUUUGACAUCGCAAGCUUAGAUAUACACGUGCCGACCCGGCGCCACCUGUAGGAAAGCAAAUGUUGUAGCAGUUUAGACCUUUUUUUUUAUAACUAAUGCUGGAGGAUUUGUUCUUUACUGAGAAAAAACUGGGCUCUGAGAAUUGUUUGUAUUAGUGAUAAUCCAGCCACAUAAAUGUUAGGUGGAUGUUUGUGUAAAGAUGUAAAUAUUGUGUUAUAUUUUGUGUUUUUAUUUUUCUAAUAAGCCUGUAAAUUCUGGGUCUGGGAGCUCUCCAUGAAUCUGCUCUUCAUUUCCCCUCAGCGAGCUGUCGAACAUGCACGAACCCAGACAGUCAGGGGAGUGGUUGCCCGAGGUGUAACAUCACCACCUCUUCCUCCAUGAGUUUUACAGUAGAUUUAAAAAACACUGCUCCUCACUGGGCCGUGUUUUUGUUGGCAGUCUCUCUCUCUUUCUGCUGUCAGUCUUCCAGCGUGUUGGCCCGUCCCUCGCAACCGUUCUCCAAAUGGUGCAUUAAAUGCUCCCCGACGGUUGGUAUUCUCGGGCAUUCAUGUCACGUUGGAUUAAAUGCAGAUGUGACAUGCAGACUUUGGAGGAGGAUCAUUCGUGUGGGAUUAUUUUUCUAAAGCUCGUCUGGCUUCCAUGUGAUUGUGGCGAACACUGCAACAAAAUCUACUAAUGUUCAAGGACGCAUAAACCAAAAUUACCGGUUACAUUUGACCGAAAGAGAGUUGGAUGAAUCAGUGAUUGUAACAGAUUGCGCUUGGAGAUUUAGAUAAUUGUUGUAUGAUAAAAGGAAUCUUAACUCAAGGUCUACUGUCUAGGUUUCUCUUGGGAGAGUUACGGUAUAAGAUGUCAUAUACAACAGAUUCACACGGUUCCUUAUACAUUAAAUUCAAGGGCUUUUUAAGAGAGUUAAAAGAGUUUCCAGGCCCAGUUCCCUCUAAUUCAAGGACCCAACAGGGCACAGUUUGAGACACAGAUCAAGGUUAAUUACUGAGAGAAACUAAUAAUUUGAAAUGAGGGGCUGAUUUUGGGGGACUGUUGCAGCCUAAAAUGUCCAAUUUCACUGCAGUUUCUCAAUAAAAUUGCAAUGAAAUUGUGUGAGAAAGUUAAAAUUGUACAAAGUUGUGCAACUUCUUCCAGAAAGAAUCAAAUCAAUAGUCAUUUGGUGAAGUGUGGCUCAACUUUUUUGCGUGGGAGGGCUACUAUGAUUGGUGAAACUCACAGGGAACUACAAUGAUUUGUCAAAUUUAAGUCGGUUUUCCCCUCAAAUUCACAAACUUUGAAGGAUUUCAAGGAUCUGCGGACACCGUGGGUUUAUGUAACUGAAUGGCUGAUGAAGGUCGUGAGUCGAAAGCUCCAGCACAAAUCUUAAAAGGGUUAAAUUGACUAAAUCACCCAGUAUCAGCAUCCAAACAUUGUAUUUUCCAACAUGACAUGAAUGCAGCGUUCACUGUAGCACUUCUGUAAAUAUCACUUCUACUUUUUCUCUUUAAUUUCUUGUUUUUGCCACUAAAGUAUAUCUUCUUUACAUGAUUUUGUUUUGGUGUUGGUAAUCCACAAAGAUAACAGUGGGAAGGGUAUACUCCAGGAACAAACACGAUGUCUCGAAUGGAUUGUGGAGGUUUAACAGUAACCUGGGACACGGAUGUAAAUGCAGCCAGUACCUUAUGUUCAACCUCCACCUGGAGUCAGUCUUCUGCUGGACCUCGAACACCUGAAAAGCAUCAAACAGUGAACACCUGUACACCAAUCAGCUGGCAGACCAUCAAACACGAAAUAGACCAAAACUAAAUGUGAAUGUAAAUAAUGAGGAGUUUUUUUUGUCUGUAAAUAUGUAAAAUAAAGACACUGUAAGAGGAA